AGUUCCCCGUCGAGGGUUUUGGGGAAUCACGAGGAGUGUGAUGCGCGCGGGUGAGCUCCUCCUAGGGCUGGGGAAUUCCAUGGAGCAGCGGCGGCGAGCGAGCUUAGGUCGAUUGGAGCGGCCAAUGGAGGUAUAGAUUGCCGCGUGAAUCAAUCCCUAGGAAUCGAUCGCGUUGCCCGGCCAGGUCGGUGUGAGAAUCCGGCCAGGAAGGGCAAAUGGAGGGGCUUGGCGAUGGCUAUGAGGCAUUCGUGGAGAGGCUCCAGUCGGAUUUCGCCACCAGCGCUAGGAAGAGCAAUGGCGAUACCCGGGGAGGAGGGCCGGGAUUUGGAUUGAAAAUGGAGCCGGCUACCUCGCCGACGAGCUCCGACGCGUCCAGCUCGCGGCCGGCGCGAUCUCUCUCGGUGGAUCUGUCCAUGCAGGACGUGAGCUCCACUCCACAAUACUCGCCGCCAUCGUCUUCCCGGGACACCAACGCUAACAACAACGCUACCAACAAUUCCGCCAACAGUGGCGAGCCCGUGAGGAGAUUUGGACACCACCGGCGAGCACAGUCCGAGAUAGCGUUCCGGCUACCCGAGGCUCUCUCCGACUUCCACACCAACAAUGGAGUUAACAACAGUGGUGGUGGCGGUGGUGGUGGAGGUGGUGGCGCCGCCACCAAUCUCUCCGAGAUGCCGGCUCUCUCCGACGACGUUGGCGAGGACCUCCUCUCGAUCUACAUCGAUAUGGAGAAGAUGAGCUCGCCUUACGGCGCCUCCAACAAGCAUGACUCUGGCGGCGUCGCGGCACUGGGCAGCCAGCAGCCAGGCCACCACCACCACGCGCGGAGCUUGUCCAUGGAUGGAGCGUUGCAAGGAUUCAAUGCCGACGCGGUGAGGCGGCCCCGGCACCAGCACAGUAACUCCAUGGAUGGAUCCUCGAGUCUAAAGCACGAUCUGGAUGUGGAGAGCGCCGAGGCGAAGCGAGCUGCCGCGGCUGCCAAGCUCGCGGAGCUGGCUUUGGUCGAUCCAAAGCGUGCCAAAAGGAUUCUUGCCAAUCGACAGUCCGCUGCUCGCUCCAAGGAACGCAAGAUGCGAUACAUCUCCGAGCUGGAGAGAAAAGUCCAGACCCUCCAGACCGAAGCUACGACUUUGUCCGCGCAGCUGACAAUGCUACAGAGGGACACCGCGGGACUCACGACCGAAAACAACGAGCUCAAGUUGCGAUUGCAAGCAAUGGAGCAGCAAGCCCAGCUUCGUGAUGCUUUAAACGACGCAUUGAAAGACGAGGUCCAGAGAUUGAAGAUCGCAACCGGUCAGAUCUCGGGAGAAAACGGCCAACACCAGCUCAUGAAUCAUCAACAACAGCAGUACUUUCAUCAUCAGCUCUCGCCACAACAGUUGCAGCAGCUCCAGCAAUUGAAAAGCUCGCCACAGCAGCAGCAGCAGCAGCAGCAGCAAACGGAUUUCUUCCAAUGCAGAUGAAGACGAAGACAAUCUAGAAUAAGAAUGCGUUGGCAACGGGAUGAGGCACAACAGAACAAGCCCGGUCGGUGUAAUUUUAAUUUUUUUUCCUUUGGAUCUAAAUUCAAGUUCAUGUUUGUGGUC